AUAAAAAUAUCAACAAAAACAAAGAGCCUAAUUAAAAUUAGAAAAUUGUGUUACUAAUACACUUUCUCGUAGGCAAUUAAUGACAUAAUUUGACAUUACAAGUUUGAGAGUUAAAGCAUUAUUAUUGGUAUUGCAAAAUUGUCUGCAUCUUAAGCAAAACGAGCAAAAUUAUAUCUGAAUGUCAUUGUUCAACUGAAAAGACAACAAAGCAAAAUAAUUGAUAAACUGGCAAAACAAUGGAAAAGGAGAAUGAAGAGAACAUGCCCCAGUCUGGACCCUUGGCCAUGUCCACACUAUAUCAGUCCAUACAGGAGAAGUUUGGUGGCUUGGGGACCAGCAACAAGUCGCAUCAGCUGAUUAUACCACAAUUAAAGAUACCCCAACUGGGCGCCGUCGCCAGUUCCACAUCAGACGAGGCAUCACGUCGUGCUGCAACGGAUGCCCAAAAUGAGUUACUCCUUCAGGAAAUACGACGUCGUCGUGCUGAAAAGGAAAUCAAUCAAAAUACAAGUAUCCCUGCCAAGGUGGAGUUCAAUGGCUUCACCAUACCGAAGCUACGAACAACAGGGGGCGUGCCCUUGGCGGAACCCAAAUUGAAUAUUCCUCUGUUAAAUAAAUUCCAAAGUCAGCAGCAUCAGGUGGAGGAGCAAUUUAAAAAAUUACAAAUUACAAACGACGAAGGCGGCGAUAGUAUGCUCCCUCCUCUUGGCUCGCCAUUAAUAGAUCUUACCACCACUGUGAUUCCAAAUAACAACAAAGAUGAUAAGCCCAAGGAAACAGCCAGCGAAACGCAGAUGAAAAAAUUGAAAAACAUUGAACAUUUCGAUAUACCCUUUAUAUCCUGUGAGCCAGUCUUUGGACCACAUCAUCAAAAAUUGCAGCCAUCUGGCGGCAUAUUAGAUGGCCAGAGACCCACUGACGAUGCCAAAUUCGAACAAGCUCAGCCAAGCGCUGUGGGUCGUCUACUGGAUGAGAUUAUGGGUCAACCCCGGACGCCACAGCUAAAGUAUGCCAACACUCCGCUGGAAAAACAGCAGUUAAAACUAUACCGAUGUCCGGAAUAUGGUAGUCAUGCAGUGAAACGCUUUCGCUUUGAUUCUGCAUCACCCGACGAGCUGGUUAAGCAAGCUCUACAGAAAUCCAUGCGUAUAUCACGCACUUGACUAGCUCAGCUUUCAAUAUUCAUAACUAGACAUAUAAGUAAUAGUAACAAAUUAGCAUAAAUUAUUGGAUUAAUAAAUUAUAAAGCGAA